AUUAUCAGUAAAUUUUCAAGAUUUGGAAAAGUAAUUAAUCAAAAACUAAGAUGCAUAGGUCUGCAAGCUGGAACAGGUUUUCUGAUGACUAUUUCAAACAUGCGACGAGUGGUUCGUCUUCAGGACACAGAUCAUCUUAUUCUAUGUUCGAUGGAAGCCAUUUGCCUACUUACGAUCCCAUUGCAGACUUGGCAAAGAAAGAGAGGGCACGUGUGAAGCUUGCAGAAAAUGCAGUGCAUCUCAUCCCUUUUGUUCUAAUUGCUUGUGCCGUCAUUCUUUGGCUCUUCUCAAAUCCAGAUGCAGGAGCCAUUGGAGAUCCCAUUGGAGGAAGAAUUGAAGGAUCAAGUCUUGAAGGGGAAAUUGAAAGCGAUAGUGAUGGAACUCAAAUGGGUUUCUUACCUAUUGUGAGUGCAGAAGAAGCUUCCACCAAAGAUUUUGGUGCAGGAAAAGAUUUAAUAAAUUCAAAGAAUCUUUAG